GGGGGUUUCACACAGGAAGAUGAUGGAAAAGAUGGAGCCCCCCGUUUCGCCGAGGCCCUCGACCCCGGCGGGUAGCGACAGGCUGAGCCCUGCACAGACUGCGUCUCCGGACAUUAGCAGCCCCCCAGCUAACGAGGUGGGGGGCCGGGAAGACACGGCUCACGGUAGCCCGACCGCAGAGGCCCCCGUGCAGUUCACAAGCCUGGCGCCCGAGCCCGUUGCCGUGGAGACGGCUGGAUCUCCUACCGCCGCUCCAUCCCAUCUUCCACCUGCUGCGGACCCAACCCCCACCCCUGGCACCCCAGCCAGCCCCCCCCUUGCCGCGCCCUUCUCUGUGUCUCUCCCCCCAAACAUCCCAGUGAUCAGCCUCGGGCACAGCAAGCCGCCCAUCCCUCCCAUCGCCAUGGGGGGUACCCAGCUGACCGCUCUGCACCCCAUCCCCACCCGGUCUCACGGCUCCGCAGAUGCCCGGCUGGCCCAACUUGCCUCCCUGUCUGCCGCAGGCCCGGGAGUCCCAGUGCCUUCAUCUGGCCCCCUACUACCCCCGCAGUACCUUCCCGGACACCCGUUCUUCAACAGCUCUUACCUGGGUCCUUCAGGAAACUACGCCCUCUUUACCAACAGCCGCAUAAAGAGACGGCCUUCGUCGCACUUUGAGCUGGAUCUCACGGAGGGUCCUCCUCAGAAGCUGGCGCGACGGGUCUUCACCAACAGCCGUGAGCGCUGGAGGCAGCAGAACGUGAACGGCGCCUUCUCCGAGCUGCGCAAGCUCAUCCCGACGCACCCACCCGACAAGAAGCUCAGCAAGAACGAGAUCCUACGGCUGGCCAUGAAGUACAUCAACUUCCUGGUCAAGCUUCUUCACGACCAGGCCAGCGAUAGGCCAGGCGAGGGGGACGAGGGAGGACAGAAGGAGCGGUGCACAGAGGAAGACAGGCUGAGGAAGGGCAAUUCAUGGAACACCUGCCCCCGCUCACGUUGCGAGAGCCCCCCGCUGGCUCCUCGUCCACCCUUGGUUGUCGAUCUACCCGACAGGGACUCCUGUGAAUCUAUGAGCGCCCAGGCCACCUCCCCCACCUCCAGCUGCUACGGGGACACGGACAGCGAGGAGAGCCUGGCAGCCAAACACUCAGAGAUGGAGAGCCGUGCGUUUGGCCUGGAUCAGGACAAAGAGCAGCUGAGGGCAGUGGCCACAGCUGACCAGCGAUGACACCCCGUCGCCGCAGUGACAAUCGAUCCUGUAGCCCCCAGGAGUGACAGUGUGUACACCCUUCCCCUUAUCCUUCUAUUCCUGUGCUAUUUCUGUGGUAAUGGCUGCCAUAUGAUGUGUGUAAAUACAAUUGUGUGCGAUUUCAUUGCCGAGCCAGUUCUUUUUAAAGGCUGCGUGGUUUUUUCGAGCUCUUUAUUGUCGGCAGGACAGUCACACCCAAGGUUUAAUAUUAGCCGUUUGUCCCAGUCCAGCUUUGACAAUGGCGUCCAGUUGAAACGAGCGUGUCGUCCGUAGCACCCCGUAAUCCGCUGAGAUUUCUGGCUGGGUGUGGUGGAAAGUUAACGUGCUCUCACGCUGGGCUGACCGGCGGUGCCCCGAAAGAGCUGUAGUUUCUGCGGGGGAUUUUUUUUUUUUUUGUUUUUUGCGGCCCAGAACUCAGUCAUCGUUGGGAAGGAAAACAACACCACCUGGUUUUAGACUCUCCAGCGAGAUAUUCUCUGGAAAGAUUCUGAAUCAGCAAGCGAUCCACAUCUGCUAAAGCAAGGAGUCUUGUUUCCUAUCCGAACGGUCGCUCUGAUCCAUCGGUCGAGCGCUGGGGAUCUGCGGUCACCGCUGGACACUCGAGGCUGGACAUCGCCUACCUGACGGCUCGGCCAGAGAGGUUCCGGAGCGCAGGGAGUGGCACGUGUUUAUGAGGUAUCGCAUCGUCUCAUCUCUGGAGCGGACGAGCCCGCUGAGACCGUAUCAGCAGAGGGUGACCUGCGUUUUCAUCACAGCUGCUGCGUGUGGCAGCGGUCUGCCGCGAGAUCUGUGGAGAACAGCGUACCUUCCUCUUCUGCAGCCUGCCAUCCCCCAAGGCAGCCUGCGUUGCAGCGAGCGGAAGUUGGGCAGCCCGUUUUCUUAGUCCACUGUUCCCCAUUCCACAUCCUCAAUUCACAUAGAAAAGACUGCCUUUUCAGCAAGAGCCGGCACUUUCUCCACCCAUUCGAAGUGGCACUGAGGGGAAUGGGCAGGAACACCUCGGGCGAACCGCAAAGCACAGCGUGACUCCUCGGGGUAGGCCUUCUCCAAGAGUAAUGUCCAGAUGUGCUACCGGAGUCUUCCCUUCUGCUUGUCGGCAACUGCGCGAAUUAGGAAAUGUAGACGAGGGGUGUCAAGGGGUGCAGCGGUUAGUGCUGCUGCCUUUCUAUGUGUGUGGGGGUUGCUGGUUCAAAGCCCACCUCCAGCUGCA